AUUAAGAAUAAAAUUCAUCUUGCUCUAAGUUCAAGAAUCAUCCAAAGGAAGUGUAGAAAAGCAAAAGAUGUGGAUUAGGAAGUCAAAGAUGGAUCAUGGGCGAGCACAUAGAAAACUACAUGGGACGAUUGUAAAGAACAAAAAUGACAAAUUGGAGGGAAGGAGCAAUGGGGGAAUUUCAUACUGGCGGGAAAAUGUCCUUACACUCCCUAUCUCUUGUAUAAAAACCCUAGUGUCCGUCACCCACUCUCUGUUUGACAAUUUCCCGUCCCUUCCCCAUGUCGAAAUGAUUCAUUUUCACCAUUUCUGAACCCUGCCAAAAUCCAACAAGAGGUUUGUGAAAACCCUAGAAUUCUUCGUUCGCUAAUUCCACCAGGUAAGUUUCUACAGGGCGAUUGUACACUGAACUACUCAUUACAGUACCGGAAAUGCUAGGGUUCGUGGUCUUACAGUAUUCCGAGAUUAAGCGCAUCUUUCUUUUCCCCUUCUUAAUCUAUACCGUUGAGGAUUUUUCACUAGGCAUAUUCUCGAAUUGCAGGUCUAGAGUGGGGUUUUUCUGAAUUUGUGGUCUUUGAGUGAUCUCGUGUUUUCUGGUCGAGAAAAUGGCUGAUGCAUUUGAUGACGAGACUGAGCAGACGGUCACCAUGGAUGAGUAUCUUAAAGAGGUUGAAGCUGAGGAACUGGAAGCUGAUUUGGUAUUGGGUGGAGACGAGGGUAAGGAAUGCACCUAUAACAUGGGUUAUAUGAAGAGGCAGGCAAUCUUUUCAUGUCUGACUUGUACGCCUGAAGGGAAUGCUGGAGUUUGUACAGCCUGCAGCUUGUCUUGCCAUGAUGGCCAUGAGAUUGUUGAAUUAUGGACCAAAAGAAAUUUCAGGUGCGAUUGUGGAAAUUCAAAGUUUGGGGAGUUCUUUUGCAAGCUUUGCCCUAGCAAAGACGUCGAAAAUGCUGACAAUUCAUACAAUCAAAACUUCAAAGGUUUAUACUGCACAUGUGGGCGUCCCUAUCCUGAUCCAGAUGCUAAAGAACAAGAGGAGAUGAUUCAGUGUAUCUUGUGUGAGGAUUGGUUUCAUGAGGAGCAUCUGGGUCUUGAGACUGUUAGCGAGAUUCCUAAAGACAGUGAUGGGGAACCACUGUAUGAGGAUUUCAUUUGCAAAACAUGCUCAGCAGUAUGUUCUUUUCUGACACUGUAUCCUCAAACCAUCCGAGCUACAGAAUGCCAGGCUGGUGUUUCCGCUUCUAAUACCAGUAAAGAUAAAGGCGUAAUGGAAAGCAAUCCUGCCCCUUGUGCAAGUGGCAAACUCGAGAACAAUGUUUGUUCUGGUUCUUCUGCAAAUAGUGAUGCACUCAGUAGUAGUCCAAAUCACGUGGCGGUUGAGAAGGGAUCUUCAAGCAAUGGAACUCUCGAGAAGAGCAAUUGUUCAGAUGCAUGUGCAAAGGACACUGCUUGUGUCUUGGGUGUCGGUUCCAUGGUAUCCCCACCGACUACUUCAGAGACCAAAUCCUUCUUUCUGGGCAAAAGCUGGAGGGAAUCUUUGUGCAAAUGUGGGAAUUGCUUAGAAAUGUAUAAGCAGAAGCAUAUAAGCUAUCUAAUUGACCAGGAGGACUCAAUUGCUGAGUAUGAGAAAAUUGCAAAGCAGAAGAGGGAAGAGAAGCUACAGAAACAAGAAGGUGCUGAGUUGGAUUUUAUCAAUAAUCUUGGUCAUGUAGAGAAGAUGGAGAUACUCGGUGGCAUUGCAGACUUCAAGGAUGAGUUUCGUUCUUUCCUGGAGUCGUUUGAUCCAUCGAAGACAAUAACUUCAUCCGAUGUGCAUCAGAUCUUCGAGAAUCUGGCAAAGAAGCGCAAGCGCACGUAGCGUGAUUUGCUAAGGAAAUCUAAAGCAGCAGUCAGCUCUUGUUUUAAGUUAAAGCAAACCUUGUUGCGGGUUAGUUUGAGAACUGAACUACAACCUUCAACCUUGUGUAGUGAUAGGAGGAUGACCCUCAUGGAAACAAUAUCAUUGUGUUGAGUUAUACCAGGAGUCCAGGUCUCCAGGACCUAACUCGGGCGGUUUUGUAGAAUCCUGUGUUAUCAUGUUUGAAUCAUGCAUGUGUUCAACUUUGAUUUCCCUCAACGGUUGUCUCUGUCCUGUUCCCUUAAAUUAUCCAACAUGGGUGACUCCAGUUGGCUUCUUCCUGAAUUGGCAAGUCAUCUUUGUGUGUAGUGACCUAGUGAAUUUCUCAUUGCCAAACUUGGGGGGUUGUUAUCUUUCAUCGAAGAUCGGUUUGUUUCUCCAACAUUUUUUCUAGUAUUGUCCCCAGUCACAAAAGCAACAUACAUAAAAAGUACUCGCAUAAUUUAAAUUGAUCGAGCUUGUUGUACGAAUAAUGCCCAGAAAACCACAACUAUCCGUGCAUUUUAGUGCAUCACUUGUGUAGUUUGUGUAACAAUUUCCUAGCAAAAAAGCUUAAUUUCCUCCCAAAACAAGGCUUGCAGACCAAAAUGUGAAGAAUGGGUGACUUGCCCAAACUCAAGAUCCAGUAGUUGUCAACUGAAACCGUCGUUUGGGAAGUCAUCAGUCAAACCUUUCACAGUCUCACUCCCCCAACUGAAAAAGACAUGGCAACCAUUUAGCAUUCAAAACAAUCCAUUUCGUUUACCAUGUCAAACCUCGACCAUGUAAAAUUAGGUGUACAAAGCAUCAUCAUGAUGCCUCCACUUCUGAGGUGGUAAUUUUAACUUGACCCAAAAAUGGAUGUCUUGUAAUUUCACAACCACAUGUGACAUAUCACCGAACUUUUCUUCUUUCUCAUUCAAUAGGGUUGAAAAUGGUACUAGGGGGAUUUGAAGGUACAAUUUUUUUUUUCAUACUUCAUUAAUUGCCAUGGGAAAUUUCGACACCAUGGUAUGGAAAUUUUAAAAGCUCAAAACAAGCUUAGCUUGCGCUUAUGGGUCAUCCGACACGACACAAAGGGAAGUGAAUGAGCACGCACAUAAUUUACAUAGUUUGCUAAACACGAUGCAUGUAGCUAUUUCAUGCACAGGGGAGACUAAUUAAACUAUUUUGUGGACAAUGGACAUACUUCAAAGCAAACUUUGAGCACAUUAAUCCGACUGACCAAAUAACUAAUUAGGGGUGCUAAAUUGAGUAUUUGUAGAACCGUUCUCCUAAUCCUAAACAAUAAGAUCGAAAAGAGAAGGCCGACGAACAAAAUCCAUAGCAGAUAUUCAAGACAUUCUAAUAAUGCUCACUAACACCAAAUCUUAAUAGUUUAGUCAUCCUUUACUCAAGAAAGUCAAUAUCUACGACACGAAUUCAAAACUCUCUCAAAUGAAGAUCAGUACAUCAUUAACAAAACGCACGCAGGUGAGGAGGAUAUAUUUUACACCGAUGAUAGAAUUAACGCAGACCUUAAAC